AUGACCUCUUUAGACCACAAUAAUAACUUGUGCCUUGUCACCCUUCACUUUCCUUCCUCCACCUCUUGCCACUGCCCUGACCAUACUUUCCUCGGCUUCAACUCUGCUUCCAAAGGCUACGAUGGCAGUGGUAUUGUGUACUCUGACCUUGACAGGCUGUGUGAUGCAGUGAUGGGAUUUUUGAGUGGUGUUCUCAGUAACAUCAAAGAGCAUUUAGGGCAGCAUAAAGAUACUUUGAAUGAUGCAAUUGAGAGUCUUAACACCAAUAAACACGCCGGUAAAAAAGGUUUUAAUGAUGCGAUUGUAAAGGUGGUCGAAGGGGUGGGGAGGUAUAAUGAUGGUGUCAGAAAUUCCAGCAACCAUGUCAAGAACAAAAUAACAGAUUUCGACAGAGAGAUGAAGAGACUCAAAAAAACGGUAAGUGAAAUUGUACAAAAUAAUCGUGUAGCAGAUGAGACUUUGAAAUAUGAACAAGCUGCGGAAGAGGUCCAGAGGAGGUUGGCAGAAUAUGAAAAGAGAGCCGCCGACUUUAAUAAAACUUUAGAUAUGCAGAAUAAUGAUGAAACAACUAGAAACGCAAUUAAUGAUCUUAGUGAUAAAUUACGUGAUAGAAUAGAUAAUGUACGUAGGACCGUUGUGCAUGAGAAAACCAGGUUGAGUGAGUUGGCAGCGAAGGAGAAGGAGCGCUUUCAGAGCUUGGAGGCGUGUAUUAAAACAACGCUCGUAGGUGUUGGUACGUGCGUUAAUCGCGAAAUUGGUAAUAAAGUAAAUGAGUUGAUCCGCGGUUUGAGGCAGAUGGUGCAGACGAUAUUCCAGCAGCUUGAGAAGAUAAACAAAGAGCUGCCGCAGCACGUUGACGAAUUACAGGAAUGGAUCAACAAUGCUGAUAAAGAAAUUGAAGUCACGCAGGGACAUCUGAAAAAAAUUACUGAGCAGACCGACAACAGCCUUACUAGUCUGAAAUAUCCUAUUGAGGAUGCGGUGACGGAAUUAAGGAAACGUAGGGAUGAGCUUAGUACGUAUAUUGAGAGCACAGUAAAAGGUGGACUCACAGGGUUGGUUACGCAGGUUGAAGAGUAUUUUAAAGUGUUGAAAUUAAACGUUCAAGGAGAAGUCGGUGGAAGUAAGCAGGGAUUAGUGAAGGAUUGGCAUUUCCUUAGUAGUGAACUACAAACGCUGGGUUCAGGUGUGACAAAUACAAUCAAAAAUGGCCAUCUAGAUAAAAUUGUUAACGGUAUUGAGGAGUAUGCUAGUGGAUUCAAUGCGGAUGAGUUUGGAAAGAAGGUGGAACAGUGGGUGAGUGAUGCUUUAAAAAAUAAUGCUGCAGUUAAAUAUUGUAUGAAGAGGUAUAUAAGCGAAAAUAAGGAUAGAUUAAAAAAUGGCUUUCCGUUUAAUGCGGAAUAUGUAACUACCGAAAAAGAUGAAUUGAAUUAUAAAAAUAUUCAAGGAAUCGCAACGAGGAUUAAGAAUAAGCUGAGCAACCAAAUAAGCAGUGCCCGUGCAGAAAGCGACGUUGUAAUAAAAAGCAAGAACUUGAAGAAGAAAGUGGAAUAUGUCCAGGAGGUUUGCGGUAGGUUUGCGCAAGCGAUAGCAGAUAAGUUCAAUGAUCCAACUAAUGCGGUAUUGAAAUUUGCGGAGGAGAUAUGCGGAGAUAUUGAGAGUGUUUUUUGUACCAAAGGUAGGCCUCCGAGUUACAUCAGCUACAGCGAUUCACAUCUUAAGUCUGCGAUUCGUGCACUUCUAACAGCUUUACAAUCCACUGUACAGCGAAUUAACGACGAACUGCAAACAUUUGCCGUAUCGCUAUGCGAUCUCGGCAUCAACGUGAAGGGCACUGUAGACAAGAUCAAACAGAUUAAACAAAACAUUAGCAUAGAUGACAAUCACAAUACUAGUUUAGCUCGACAGAUCACUGAUUCAUUGUCGGCUGUGACAGGGAGAGUUAACGAUCUCGACCCAAUACUGAAAGAAGAUGGCGGCUCUUUGAAAUCCCAAAUUAACGACAUCACAGUGGAGAUAACUACCAAAGCUAUUACCGAGAUGUCCACUAAAAUUACUGAUACUCUCAAGUUGCUCACACGCACAAUAUCUGAUGCCGCUUUUUUCGCAAACAAAAAAUUAGAGAACCUUAAAAAUUUUAAGGUUGGAAAAACUCCCAAUAAAGGUGAACUCCAGGAACUUCAACACUCCUUCAACGAUUUGAAACAUCCGGUCGCAGUAGCCCUGGAUGCUGCCAAAAAAUUUCUUGGAACUGUAGACCACUCCGGUACCGCCACCAUCCAGGCACUAGGAAGAGACGUCGAUUCACAAGUGGAGAGCGCUAAGAGGACUUUAAUCACACAAGCCAGAAAGCAGUACGUUACAUCUCUACAAGGUCUGCUCGUGGCUUUUUCAACAAAAGCUGAGACGGAAUUACAACCGCUGCCUGGGUUGAUCACUAAAGAGUCGGAGUCCGGAUUUAAGGGGUUUAUGAGCAUAAUGGACACUCAGUUCCUCAAGCACGAGAAAGGUUUGCAGGCCUUGAAAAAGAUUCCGGAUAAAGCUUCCCCUGGACAAAAAUCGCCGCUUAGCCAAGCAUCAACGAAACUUUACGGAGCAUUAAAGCGUCUCUUCCAUUAUCUAGCUAAACAGCCGGAUCUUACGUACAAUUUUGGUAAAGCCAACCCGUCACACGACGCAUUGCGUAUGCUGCUUACUGCCAUCGAAGAUUCGCAGCGGUAUGAUAGGACGUUCAUGGACUACCUAAACAGGCUUAGAAAGGCACUUGGCGGCUUGACAUCCGACAAGCUCUGUGAGUCUUCCGCAUUAAUUCUAGACGCUCUAAGAUUAGGUUUUAUGGGUCUGGUUGGCGAGCUUGACAAGACCUACAUAAACAUGUACGAAGGAGCGAAGCCCAUCAAGCACUGGGUGAUAGAGCUGCCUGAUUCCGAAAAAUCUAAAACGACAACUACCGUCGACACACUGAAGGAUAAGGCAUCAUCCGAAAGUGCGAAACAGAAAGAUGUCGAAUUAACACUUGACGGAAAACGUGGCGCAAUGGUGUGUCUAAGCAUGAUUCCCAUUGUAUACACUGCACUUGAUCACCUCAAAUCUGGACUUGAUGCUGAAGGCUGGGAAAGCUACAAAAUGUACGAUUCCACGAACCCCAAUCAUAGUUUGCACAAAACAUUCUUCCAUGAUCAGGGUUACGACAUUGGUGCUCAGCCGACCAUUCCAUAUGGCGAGCUGAAUCACAGACAAGACUUCAACGGUAGCAGCAUUCUCAAACAUCUCACAAACGCUGAACAUAAGUUGUUCGUCGCAGGUGAGCCCGCGGAUGCCUCACUUCUCCGUACCGAUGGUUCUGCUGACCUGACCGUAGAGGUCGCCACGGAUGAUGGCGUCGUUCAAAAGCUAUAUUCAAGUCUACACGAUUACUUCACCGUAUGCCACCUUACUCGUAUUGAGAAACCCCGGGCUCCUUGCUCCGUUUACGAAAUUCUCGUCUGGUGCUGCGGCCUGCAGUUCAACCCCGUGUACGAGAGGUUCAAGAAGCACGUUGAAUCUGAGUUCAUGAAGGAGGACAAGCAAAGGCCGGGUACUAAAACGCUGCAGCCCUUCGAAGCGCACCCGUCACCUGUCAAAUACACUGACGUCGAAAAGCAGCUCUACAAUGUGUCUGCCCACUCCCACGCCGUCCUCACUGCUAUACUAGGCCACGGUCACAAGGACGGAAUCUACGCGUGUGAAUUCUCCGACAACUCGCUCAAGUUAGAUUACCCAACCAGCAUGAUUCAGUUACUGUGUACGUUGUUCGACCUGCUCAAGCGCCUCUACCACCAGCUGUACUUCCUGCUGCAGCAGUGUCAACUUACAACUCAGCUCAGCGGCUGGAGGGACUGCCACUACGGCAGGUACAUCGGUGGGUCGGGCUGGCAGUGCAACACGAAGCAGUGCCCUAAGCAAGACUGCGACCAACGGCAUGACCAAAGUGGCAACCAAACGGGUGGCCAAUAUCCCAACUGCGGCGUCAAGUCGCCACUGCAAUCGUUCUUGGAGGACGGUUUGAAAGGCCACCUGCCGCAUUCGGUUACGGCUAGGGGAUCCAGUCUGUCAUGUGGCACGUGUGGUAGUACACCUGGUAUGCCGUGCCGAACUCCGAUGGGCUUCGCUGACAUCGGUGCCACCGCGUCGCAUACGAUGAUGGGCCGCAAUAUAUGCGAGGUGCUUUACGAUUUUUGUGGCCGUCCUAACUCCCCUCUCACUAGACUGUGCGGUUACCUCAACUGCCUGCUACCCAGUGCUCCGAAAACACUAACGGACAUGUUCAGCUUCUACUAUCACCUCACCGAUCGCUGGGGUAUGCACGGUAACAAACACAAGAAAGAGGCAUUUGAGGAGAAAGUUAAAGCAGCCAAUUUCGGACGUAGUUAUGGUGAGUUGAACGUCUACCACUUAUUUACCCCUAGUCACUCAGCAUUGAAGAAGGGCCACUCCGAUGGUAGCCUGGGCAGUCUCGUAUGCUUAUCAAGGGACGCCGUAGUAUGCGGUCCUUAUUUGCGGCCCAUCACUCACGCCAUCUACGAGACGUUCUCGUCAAAACACGCCGAUAAGUAUUUGUCGUGGAUCGUUUACCUGACGGCAUCGUUCUACGAUCUGCUUAAGAAAUUGUAUGAUGAGUGCAAUUCCAAAUGCGGUGCCAGGGGAUCGAAUUGCCAUGGUAAAUCGUGCAUCAAGGGGUGUCCUACUACAUCCAAAAAAGAUCCGCCACGAUAUCACGAUCGCAAUUGCAAAUCCAUUGUACAGUGCAAUGCUACGCUGCCGACAUUGGCGAAGUACGGCUUCGUUCUCGGCGAUCCAGAGAGGCUGAACGGAAGCGCAGGCAUUGAGAAGAAACGCACGUGCAGAGAUUUCUGCUAUGUAUUUGCGGAGGCAUUUGAGAAGGACUCACAUCUUGUGCAGUUUUUCAAAGCCAUUGAUAAAUUCAUGUUCACCAUCCGCGCACCUUUCUUGUGGAUGAACGUCGCGCUCUGGUCACUGUCCCUCUUCUACCUCAUUUGCGUAAUGGUUGGCAGACUGGAUGUGCUCCACAUACGCUCACACCUGCGAACACCGUCGUCGCACAGGAUAACGGCGCAAUCAUUGUUGGCGGCAGCGCAAGUCGGAAGGCUUGCCAAGAUAUCGUAUCUACAGCCGUAA